CCCCUUUAAGAAGGCGGAGUCACUGGUGUGGCGGCGCCUUCGAAUGCGGCCUGGGGCGUCGGCCACCAGCUUCCUGGCGACCCUCGCUGAGCCCCACUCGGGGCACGGGGGCGUCUCCCUCCCACUCCGUCCCUGGAGCACCGGCACCCGACCCGUCCACCUGGGACAAACCUGAGGGCCUGACGACCCCCGGAGUGUGGGUCCGCGGCGUCAACCCGCCGCCUGGAGCCCACCCGCUGUCGCCAUGGCUUGCAGCUUGCAGAAGCUGUUUGCUGUGGAAGAGGAGUUUGAAGAUGAGGAUUUCCUGUCGGCGGUGGAGGAUGCAGAGAGCCAGUUCACUGGCUCACUGCCUGUGACCGCUGGUCACCUGAGACCUGUCUCUCCCAGGCCACAGGAGGCUGUGCAGCCCCAGUCCUCUAGGCCGCUGCCACAGCACCCUGCUGCGCCGUCAGAGGCCUCAGGCCUGCCGGCCCUGGGACUCCGCCUUGCUGCCUCCAGUACGCUCAGAGCUGCCAGAGGGCCAGCUUCUGCAGGGACAGCUCUGCUAAGGCCCGCCUCGACUUCCAGCAGCCUGACUGGUGAUCCGAGAGGAGUGACGCGGACAGAAACGUUCCCAGAGCCAGCGAGGCCCCAGGCCUCAGCCCCACGUCCCCUGUUCGCCUUCAAGAGCCCGCAGCAGGGCCUGGCUGGCUUCGAGGGGUGUGAACAUGAUGAUGACUUCGAUAAGGUCCUGGCGAGCAUGGAGCUGGAGGGCCCUGGCACGGAGCUGGAACAUGGAGUGAGCCGUGAGGCCGCACGAACCCUGCCUGCCCAGCCGUGGGAGGACUCAGUAUUGGCUAAAAAGGCCCGGGUAGCUGAUGUGAGUGGCUCUGGCCAGAAGGGGCCGGUGCCGGACACCUGUGCAGCGGGUGUCCUGUUGGCCCAGAAUGAGCCUCUGGGCCCUGUUGUCCACUGCAGGACUCCGCGGCCCUGCCUGCGGCCUGGUGCCUCCGGCAGCCUUCCUGUCCCACCUGCCUCAGCGGUUCCCACUCGGCAACACCCCCGGGAAGUCUGCCCUGCAGUAUCCCGGCCUCCCCUGGCUGCUGGAGGAGCCGUGCAGGGCAGCCCUCGAGAGGGUCUCCGCUGUCAGUCAGUUCAGUCCCCAGGGGCCUGGGCAGGUGGCCGGCCUCGUUUUCCUGGACCCCGAACUCCCAGCUCCAGCUGUUCUGCUCGCUCAGCGACUGGCCCUAGGAUACUUCCUCAAAGCCCCUUGCGGCCGCGAGCUCCAGGGUGUUCUGUUGAGUCUCCUGUGGGCAUCCCAAGAGCUCCCCGCCCCUCGCUGGUUCCCCAGGCAGCUCUGCAGACGCCUGUGGUCACCAACCACCUGGUGCAGCUGGUCACCGCCGCCAGCCGGACACCCCAGCUGCCGGGCCAUCGCGCCCCUGGAGCCAAAACACGCCGCUUCCCCGGCCCAGCGGGGCUGCUGCCUCAUCAGCACAGUGGGAGGAACCUGGAGGAGAUCAUGGUUUCCACGCCCCAGACUCCAGCUCACGGCGCGCUGGCUAAGUUCCGGACAGAGAUUGUCGCUGGUUCCCAGGCCUCAGUAGAGGAGGAUUUUGAGCGAGGGCCUUGGCUGGCCAUGAAAUCUGCUCUGGGCCUGGAUGAGAGAGACCCCACCUGCUUCCUCUGCUCCUACAGUAUUGUCAUGGUGCUGCGCAAGGCAGCCCUGAAGCAGCUCCCCAGGAACAAGGUGCCCAACAUGGCGGUGAUGAUCAAGUCCCUGACUCGGCGCACGAUGGACGCCAGUGUGGUCUUCAAGGACCCCACAGGAGAGAUGCAGGGGACGGUGCACAGGGUGCUGCUGGAGACACGCCAGAGUGAGCUGAAGCCUGGCUCGGUGCUGCUGCUACAGCAGAUCGGAGUGUUUUCUCCUUCGCUCCGAAAUCACUACCUCAACGUGACGCCCAACAACCUGGUCCAUAUCUACAGCGCAGACUCUGGGGACGGAAGCCUGUUCACACCCUCUCGGCCCCUCCCCGAGGAUCCAGGACGCUUCCAUAGCAGUCCCCAGCAUGAUGUGGCCGCAAAGCCUGGGGAAGGCCUCAGAGCAGCCCAGGCCCCCGAGGCAGGGCUGUCCCCUGUGGAGGAUCCCCCAGAAGCAGAUGACCUGGAUGGACUGCUGAGUGAGCUGCCUGAAGACUUCUUCGGCGGGACCGGCGGCUGGGACUGCCCCCAGGCGGGACCCCCUCCCUGAGCGGGCCCCUCGCUCCGGCUCCGGGGCCCAGCUCUGGGUGUCGAUCACACCCCAGGGCGAGAGGAAGGCCAGCGCGUUGGAGUGGAGGCCUCAGACCCGGGGCUCCUGUGGUGCUCCCACGCUGGGCGCCACCCCGAGAGCUCCCUUGUCGCAGUCCUGCACUGCCUUUGCUCUGGGGCUUCCUUCAGCACUGGUGUACCGGGACUCAGCCAGGACCCUCCGCCUCCUGUCCUCCAAGACCCGUGCACCGUGGCUUCUCCUUCCGCCAGCCAGGAAAGUAUGUCACCGUCAUGUCACCCUGCUGCCACAGCUUCCCUCCAGAGGAUGUUGGAGCUGAGGUCCUGUCCCUUUACUCCCGACUCCCUGAUGGCUGAGGAGCCGAGAGGAGCCAAGCACAGCAGCGGCGACCUGGGAGCUGUAGCUGCUCAGCUCCCCGGUGCCCACGGCUCCCAGGUGCUGGGCAGGGGCGUGGGCUGGUGGACCUUGUUCUGAAAUAAAGCAGUCCUGGCUUCUG